AUGUCUGCCAAGAAGAAGAAAUUUCGUCCGCCGUUCGCCGUUUCAUCCAAAGUCUCUAGAUUCGUCGGGCCAUCAAGUUACUCGACCUUAGCCAAAAGAAAGAAAAGUGAAUCUUUUUCAGCUUCUGUUGGAGCUGCUUCUGAUGGUGUAGCUUCUGGAUCUGUAGGUCCGGUGGGUUGUUUAAGUGUUCCUUCCAAUUCACCAAUCGCAUCGUUUGCGUCGAUUAAGCCUGUAAUCUCUCUCACUGGUCCUGCUAGUGUUGUUUCAGAUACCAUUGCCUCCGGAUCUGUUUCCCCGAAGGCCAUCAUAGAUUCGCCCCCGCUUGUAAAUGCUUCGCCAGCAUAUACUGCUCAUGUAUCUUCUCCAGGUGCCCCUGCUGCAGGUGUUACUCCAACCAGAAAUUAUGCUUCAUUAUUCAAGUCUUCAAGGGAGCUUAAGGAGAUGGGAAGUCCGACUGAGCAUACCUCUGGUGCGCCGUUCGUCCUCAUCCCUGAUGAGAACAUUCAGGCAGCUAAAGAAGAGUUCAAGGAUUUCAUUUAUGCAAAGUUUCACAACGAUGUUCCUCCAAUGGGCAGGAUCAUUGGAAUUCUUAAUGCGAUUUGGGCUAAAUCGGGUCCUCGUAUUUUUGUGCAUAACCUUGGUCAAGGAUCUUUCCUGCUAAAGGUUAUCAAUGUGAGAACUCGUGAAGCUUUUCUAGCUCGCUCCUGUUGGAAUAUAGCGGGUGUUCCUAUGUUUGUCUCUCCAUGGUCCCCUGACUUUACGCCCGAAGAAGCUCCUCUUUCUACUGUUGUGGUUCAAGUUGAGAUGCGAAAUGUUCCUUAUCUUCUCUUUAAUGAUGAGAGUUUGAGCAGGUUAGCUACUGCUGUAGGGAAACCGGUUGCUUUGGCACCAGAAACACAGCGAAAGCAAAACUUUCAGGUGGCGAAGGUCUUUGUGAAAGUGGAUCUUACCAAAAGGUUGCCAGAUACUAUUGUCUCUGGUUUUGCAAAUGGACGGGAGGUUCUUAUAGAUGUAUCCUACCCUUGGCUUCCAAUUAAGUGUAUGAUUUGUGGGAAGUAUGGUCACAAUAAGGAUGAUUGUCGUGUGGGUGUGGCUACGGGCUCACCAAAGUCUUCUUCUGGCCGGAAAACUGAUGCUGAAUCAUCCCGUAAGCGAUCAAAUUCAAGACAAGACCUUCCAAGCUCUGAAAUACCUCUGAAUGAUGAUCAACCGGCUGACCUCACUGCAAAAGUUGUGCUUACGUUGGAUUCUGAUUCAUCUCCAGAUGGUAUUUUGUCUGCAGGUAUUGCGCUUGUUGUCGAUAUUCCACCUAGUCAAAGUCCACAAGCGAAUGAUGAUUUAGAACCAGGUGAGAUUGUAGAAGAACCUUCUUCCAAUACGGAGGAAGCCAAUAAUGUGAAGAAGGUCCAGUCAGUAGAUUUGAAGGGUUCGGUUGUUAUGGCCUCAUCCUCGGAGAGGUCUGUUUCUGUGGCCAGUGAUGUGCUUAUUGCUUCUGUUUGUUCUAUUGGUCUACAGGAUUUUCUUGGGUCUGAUGGUAUUGUUCUAUCUGAGGUGGCCCAUGGCCCUGAGGAGGAGCUUCGUAACGCUGUUUCAGGAGUAAGUUUGGUUGGUGAUCUUGUCGUUGGCGCUCUAGGUUCAGAGAUUGUUCCUGCUGAUGUUCAUAGUCCUAAAGCCCAAGAUCCUAGUGUUGCUUCGGAUUUGGAUUCGGAUUCAGACACUAACCGACCUCCUAAUCCUGACUUUGAUGAGGCAGAGCAGAUUGAAAAACCCUUCACCCUGGCUUCAGCUCAAUCAGUUACUUGUGGUAUUCAUGUUCCAGCAGAAAAUCUGAAUAUUACUGUAUCUUUUGUCUACGGUUUUAAUUUACUGGAGGAUCGGGUUUCUCUUUGGACGGAGUUAGUCGAUUUGCACGCCACAACGCCGGUUUCUCGUUGUCCUUGGGCAGUGCUCGGGGACUUCAAUCAGAUCCUGAGAUCAGAGCAUCAUUCCAACCAUCUCUCGGCUAGAGUGGAUAUUUCGGGUAUUGAGGAUACAAAUCUAUCUCUUCAGGAGGCAGAAUUGUUUGAGGCACAAGCCAAGGGUCUCCCUUUCACAUGGCGAAACAAUCAGGACAAUAACCCCAUAUCUACUAAGAUUGAUCAUGCGUUUAUUAACCACCUGUGGGCUUCUUCUUUUCCAGAUUCUUACGCUGAUUUCUUGGAUCCAGAUCAAUCUGAUCACGCCCCUUGUUUAUUUCGGCUCCCGUCUCAUACUCGUCGAGUGUGUAAACCGUUUAAAUUUUUCCACCAUGUCACUGACCAUCCUGAGUACUCGGAGUUAGUUAAUGAAGGUUGGCAGUUUGAUCACAUUGUGGGGACUAAUCAGUUCAAGCUGGUGAAGGAGCAGUCUGCAGUGGUAGACAAUCUCCAACGUUCUCUCCUCACUGCUUCAGAUCAGGAAACUGCAAGGGAGGAGCAUGUUCAGCGGGCUCAGCUCAAUAUCCUUCUUAAUGCGGAACAUAGAUUUUAUAGACAACGAUCGAGAGUGAGAUGGGCGGACGUUCGUGACCGUAAUACAACAUUUUACCAUCAUACCGUUUCUCAGCAUGCCACUAGGAAUCAUAUUCAUUUCUUGAGGGAUCAGGACGACAGGAUCUUCUUCCCUUCCGGUGUUCUGAUUUGGAAGGAAAACGCUUAUCUCUGCAGAAAUGUUCUCGAGUGCAAAAUCAAGAGAACCAUUUUCUCUAUGCCGCUAAACAAGAGCCCAGGACCUGAUGGUUAUUCUGUGGAGUUCAUUAGAGCGUCUUGGGACACUGUGGGGAGUGAUGUAGUUGCUGCAGUGGAAGUGUGCUCCCUUGGUGACUAUAGGCCUAUCAGUUGCUGCAAUGUGGUUUACAAGGUUAUCUCUAAGAUAAUUGCUAAUAGGCUGAAACCGAUCCUUAAGAAAUGUGUUAGCCCAAACCAAGCAGCUUUCUUGAAGGGUUGGAGCUUAGGUGAAAACGUUCUGCUAGCCUUGGAAUUGAUCAGAGACUAUAACAAAAAUGCUUGUUUAAAGAGUGGCAUGCUGAAAGUGGAUAUUCGAAAGGCUUUUGAUACCGUUUGUUGGGACUUCAUCAUUAAGCUUCUCCAAGCUCAAGGUUUUCCGCAGAUGUUUACUACUUGGGUUAGAGAAUGUAUCUCCUCCCCGAGGUUUUCAGUCGCUAUAAAUGGAGAGCUGGCUGGGUUUUUCCAAGGAAAGAAAGGGUUAAGGCAAGGUGACUCUAUCUCUCCUUACCUGUUUAUAAUGGUUAUGGAAGUCCUUUCUAGGUUAUUGGACAGAGCUGAGCUACAUAACUCCUUUCGGCUGCAUCCAUUAUGUUCCACUCCCCGUCUUACUCACUUGCUUUUUGCGGAUGAUUUAUUGGUUUUUUCUGAUGGCUCUCGGACUUCUAUCAAUGGUAUUAAAUCAGUUAUGGCUACCUUCAAAUCUUGGUCUGGUUUGUAUAUGAAUAAUGCUAAGUCUGAGAUCUUUUUUGGAGGAUAUCCUGAUAUUCAAGCAUCGGUCAUGGCUGAUUUAUCGGGUUUUCGGAGAGAGACCUUUCCAACGAGGUAUUUGGGGCUUCCGUUAGACCCAAAAAAGAUUAACAUGGCUACUCUCCAACCUUUUCUAGAGAGAAUCACUUCUAAGCUUCAUUCAUGGACUGUUAAAUGUUUCUCCUUUGCGGGGAAAGUGAAGCUCAUAUACUCUGUCAUCUAUGGUAUGGUGAACUUUUGGAGUUCGGUAUUCGUCCUCCCUAAGCGGUUCUAUGCAAAGGUGGAUUCCAUGUGUGCAUCGUUCCUUUGGAAGAAUAGGGUUUCUUCCUCUGUUGGAGCCCGAGUUUCUUGGGCUGAUCUAUGUAGGCCGAAAACGGAGGGUGGUCUUGGCCUCAGGCGGCUUGAAGAUUAUGACUUGGUGUUUAGACUGAAGAGACUAUGGAACUUCUUCUCUAACUCCGGAUCUUUAUGGGUUGCGUGGCUGUCCCAUAACCGGUUUCGUGAUCAAAAUUAUUGGCUUGUGCGAGACUCUCAACGUUUUUCUCCUACAAUACGUGGUAUGUUGCAGCUCAAGAAUCUCAUACCCCAGUUUCUUAGAUGUACUGUGGGUGAUGGUCAAUAUGCAUCCUUCUGGUAUGAUUACUGGACAGAAUUGGGUCCUUUAAGCAUUAUGUUUGGCUCAUCAGGUACCCGUCAACUCCAGAUUCCUAUCUCUGCUUCUGUAUCUGAGGCAGUGGUAAAUGGUAACUGGUUCAUUCCAUCAGCCCGUUCAGAAGAAGCGGUCACGUUGCGAGUUACUUCUCCAACUGUUUCUUGGUUUGAAGUGGUGUGGUUCAAGGAGGAAAUUCCUCGUUGUUCCUUUAUUACAUGGCUGUCUAUGUUGGCUAGAUUACCAACAAGAGAUCGAUUAUUGUCUUGGGGUUUACAAGUGCUGAAUUCUUGUGUUCUUUGUGCUGAUGGUCUUGAAUCCCACAACCAUCUGUUCUUUGACUGUCCGUUCGCGGUUCAGAUAUGGAACAAGUUCUGUGGGCGUUUUAUCUCAUUACCUCCUGCUCAUCUCCAAGCAUCAGUCUUAUGUCCUCACAGUUUCAAGAUCCUUAUUCCUCUCAGGUUAAAGUGA